CCGCAGGGGAUGCCGUUACUCAGUGCCAACAGAAACCAGUGACUGCAAGGGAUGUUGUCACUCGCUGGCCAACGGAAACCAGCUCUUCCUCGGAAGGUUUCCUGUAGCCCCUGGGCUGUGAUGGGGAAACUGCAGAGCAAACUCAGACUCAGCACUUACAAAUACAGGCCUGAUGGAAUUUUAGAAGAGAGAGUCCAAACUAAAGCGUCCCAGGAGUACAGCCCUGCUCACGUGGAUACCGUCUCUGUGGUUGCUACUCUGAACUCAGAGCUUUGUGUCUCUGGAGGAAAAGACAAGAUUGCUGUGGUCUAUAAUUGGAAAACUGGACAUGUGGUGAAAAGCUUCAGAGGACAUGAGCGGGAAAUCACUAAGAUAGCCUGUAUUCCCAAAUCAAACCAGUUCUUCAGUGCCUCUCGAGACAAGACAGUCUUGAUGUGGGACCUGCAGGGCUCCUCACAGCCCAGGCAGCAGCUGUCUGGCCAUGCCAUGGUGGUCACUGGCUUGGCCGUGAGUCCAGACUCAUCACAGCUGUGCACUGGCUCUCGGGACAACAGCCUGCUUCUAUGGGAUGUGGGCACUGGACAGUGUAUGGAGAGAGCAUCUGUCUCCAGGAACCUGGUCACUCACCUGUGCUGGGUCCCCAGAGAGCCAUAUGUAGUCCAGACCUCAGAGGAUAAGACCAUCAGAUUAUGGGAUAGUCGGGGACUUCAGAUGGCCCACGUAUUUCCAACAAAGCAGCACAUCCAGACCCACUGUGAAGUCAGCGUGGAUGGACACACAUGUAUCUCCUGCAGCAGCGGCUUUGGGGGUGAAGGCUGUGAAGCCACGUUGUGGGACCUAAGGCAGACGGGAGACAGAGUGUGUGAGUAUAAGGGACAUUUCCAAACAGUUGCAUCAUGUGUCUUUCUACCAAAAUCCGUGGCCUUGAUGCCCAUGAUUGCCACCUCUGCACAUGAUUCCAAGGUGAAGAUUUGGAACCAAGACACUGGAGCCUGCCUUUUCACCUUGUCUCUGGAUGGAUCAGGACCCUUGACCUCACUGGCUGUUGGUGACAUUACCUCCUUGUUAUGUGCAAGUUUCUACAGAGGAGUUCACUUACUCAGAGUGGACCACAGCCAAGGGCUGGAACUACAGGAAGUGGCUGCCUUCUGAAGCCAAGAGACAUUAAUUGGAUAAUAUCAAACCAUGGCCCCUCCUUUCUGUGUGGCUUUGUGUUUUUCCACAUGAUCUUAGUGGAGUGGGUUUUAGAGCUGGUGUUCUUUUCUAAGGUUUUCUUAGAUGUAUCAGUGUUAGAUGUUGGUUUAAGUCUAGUGAUUCAAAACUCAGGGUGUUGGGUUUGUUCGUUCAUUUGUUUAUUUGUUUGUUUGUUUGUACCAGGCCUCACUCUGUAGCCAAGGUUGGCCAACAAUUCAGGACAUAGCCCAGGCUGGCCUUGAACUCAGCAAUUCUCCCGCCUCAGUCUCCUGACUGCUAGAAUUAAAGGUGUAAGCCAGCAUUCCCUGGAAGACUGAGGUUUAGAAACCUGGACCAGGGCUGGAGAGAUGGCUCAGAGGUUAAGAGCACUAGCUGCUCUUCCUAAGGUCCUCAAUUCAAUUCCCAGCAACCACACGGUGGCUCACAACCAUUUGUAAUGGGAUCUGAUGCCCUCUUCUGGUGUUCAUGAAGGCAGGAGCACUCAUGACCAUAAAAUACACAAAUAAAUAAAUCUUUAAAAAAGAAAGAAACAAAGAUGGACCAGCUAGGCUAUGGGGUGCACGUCUUAAGUCCCAGCACUCAGGAGGCAGAGGCAGGUGGAUUUUAAUGAGUUUGAGGCUAGCCUAGUCUACAAAGCAAGUUCCAGGAUAGCCUGGGCUACACAGAGAAACCCUGUCUCA